AAGAAUUUAGCAAAGUUCAAGGGUUAGAAGGACGUUUUUCCGUAUCCGUUAUUUCGUUCGAGAACACAAGAACUGUGGGAUUUAAGGGUUUGUGUUGUGAACCUUGUAGGGUUUACAAAGGUUUUGAUCUUCUUCACAAUUUCGCAAUUCCGGGAUUCUGGGUCGAUUUCCGUUAUGUUCACGCCGCAGAGGAAGCCGUGGACGCCGAUAACCCCACGGAGCGAGGCCCAUAGAGCGGGGUUCUCGAACUCCAGGAGCACCAUUGCUGGGAAGGGGAAGGCUGUUAUGUUCGCCGAUGAUCCGCCGCAGCUUCCCCCGCCGCCGGUGAACUCUCUUAAUGUCAAAGGGUCUCUAAAAGCGGUGGCGGAUGGGGAGGAUGUUGAUGACUGGAAGCGAUUCAAGGAGGCUGGGUUGUUGGACGAGGCUGCCUUGGAGAGGAGGGACCGUGAGGCUCUCGUUGAGAAAUUAUCCAAGCUCGAACAGGAUCUUUUUGAUUAUCAGUAUAAUAUGGGACUUCUCCUUAUUGAGAAGAAAGAGUGGACUUCCAAGUGUGAAGAACUAAAACAAGAAGUAGCUGAAGCCGAAGCGAUCUUCAAACGUGAGCAGACUGCUCAUCGAAUUGCACUAUCUGAAGCUGAAAAGAGACAGGAGAACUUGAUGAAUGCCCUAGAUGUCGAAAAGAAGUGUGUUUUAGAUCUUGAGAAGGCACUGCGUGAUGUUCAAGAGGAACAGGGCCAGGUCAAGCAGAGUUCGGAGUUAAAGUUGGCCAAUGCAAAUUCUAUGGUUGUUGGAAUUGAAGAGAAAUCCUUGGAGGUUGAAAAAAGGAUGUGUGCUGCUGAAGCCAAGAUAGCAGAGGUGAACGGGAAAAAUAUAGAAUUGGAGAUGAAACUGCAGGAGUUGGAGGCUCGUGAAAGUUUGCUCCAGAGGGAGCGCUCCUCCUUAGCUACAGAACGAGAAGCACAUCAGGCAGUUUUCUACAAACAGAGAGAAGAGUUGCGAGAGUGGGAGAGGAAACUAAAAGAAGGAGAAGAAAGGCUGUCUGAGCUGAGGAGAACCCUCAACCAGAGAGAGGAAAAGUCAAAUGAAAGUGACAAGAUUAUGAAGCAAACAGAGAGGAGUAUUGAGGAGCUGCAAAAGAAGAUUGAUUUGUCCAACUUGGAGUUGCAAAAGAGAGAAAACGGUGUAAAUAAAAGAUUAACUGACUUGACCCUGAAAGAAAAAGAAGCAAGCGCAUUGAAAAAUACCCUAGAGGCAAAAGAGAAGGAACUACUUGCAUUGGAGGAAAAACUUGUUGCUAGAGAACGAAUGGAGAUUCAAAGUUGUCUUGAUGAGCAAAGGGUCAUUCUAGAUACUAAAAUGCAGGAGUUUGAGUUGGAAUUGGAAGAAAAGGGGAAGUCUCUUGACAGGGAAUUCAGAAGCAAAGUAGGUGAAGUGGAGCAGAGGGAACUUGAAAUUAAUCACAGUGAAGAAAAGUUAAGAAAACGAGAGCAAGCAUUAGAGAAGAAGUUGGAAAAAGUGAAGGAGAAAGAGAAGGACCUGGAAGCAAGGUUAAAAGCUGUCAAGGAGAGAGAGAAGUUUAUUAAAGGUGAGGAAAAAAAGCAGCAGUUAGAAAAGCAACAAUUGCAUAAUGAGAAAGAGAAAUUGCAGAUUGUCAAAGAGGAGAUUGAUAAGAUAAAGGCUGAAAACAGUCUGAAGGAGUUGCAGAUUUGUGAAGAGCGUGAAAAACUUAAAAUUGCUAUUGAAGAGAGGUCAGAGCAUAUUCGACUGCAAUCUGAAUUGAAACAGCAAAUUGACAACUAUAGAUGUCAAGAGGAGUUGCUUUUGAAGGAAUGUGAAGAUCUUAAACAAGAAAGGGAAAAUUUUGAAAAAGAAUGGGAUGUUUUACAUGAGAAGAGGGUUGAAAUUAGUAGACUGCAAAGGGAAUUCGGGGAAGAAAAGGAGAAGUUUGAAAAGUUGCAGCUCUCAGAAGAAGAAAGGUUGAGAAAGGAGGAAUCUGCAAAGCAGAAUUAUAUCAGUAAGGAGCUUGAAGCCAUUAGACUGCAGAAAGAAUCAUUUGAAGCCACAAUGAAGCAUGAGAAGUCAGCUUUAUCUGAGAAAGCUGAAAAUGAGCACACUAAGAUGCUUCGAGAUUUUGAGCAUCAGAAGAUGAAACUGGAAACAGAUUUGCAGAGCAGAUUUAAUAAAAUGCAGAAAGAUAUGCAGGAGAGGAUGAGAGCAUUUGAGGAGGAGAAAGAGAGAGAACUUAACAGUAUCAGACAAUCAGCAGAAGAGGCUGAGAGGGAAAUGGAAGAAAUAAGGUCAGAAAGGUCUGCAUUAGAAAGAGAAAAACAAGAAAUUGCAAUAAACAAGGACAUGCUGAAAGAUCAGCAGCUUGAAAUGAGCAAGGACAUUGAUGAGCUUCAUGCCAUCAGCAGCAGGUUCAAAGAUCGUAGACAGUUUGUUCGUGAAAGAAAUCACUUCCUUGCAUUUGUGGAGAAGCUCAAGAAAUGCAAGGAUUGUGGAGACAUUAUGAGGGAAUUUGUACUCUCUGAUCUCCAUCUGGUUGAUUCUGUGGACGAACAGCUUCCUUCACUGCCACAAAUGGCUGACGAACUCUUUAGGGAACAUCAAGGUAACAUAGGUGUUUCUGGUGUUACUGAUAUCAAGGGAUCUCCAAGUGUUGGUAUGGAGUAUCCAGAAUCUGCAGGGCGCAUGUCCUGGCUCCACAAAUGCACAUCAAAGAUUUUUAACAUAUCUCCAAGUAAGAGAGAUGAAUGUAAAGGCCAAGCACCUGGACUGCUUACUAGUAAAGAAGCUGGAGAGCAUGGAGGUGAACUACAGCCAUCUUUAGGGAUUCCAAGUGACUCAAUGCAUAAUCGGCCAGUCCAAUCUGAUGCAAUAAGAGAGGCAGAUGACGGGUUUGUUCAAUCCCUUGAUGAUCAGAGUUACCUGGAUAGCAAGGAGCAAGAAGGUCCUGAAGAUUCCCAGCAAUCAGAGCUUAGGACUGUUCGAAGAAGACCUGGUAGGAAACGUAAAUCUGGAUUGAAUCGGACCCGCACAAUGAAAGCUGUGGUUGAAGAAGCUAAGGUUAUUAUUGGCCCUGAAGAACCUCAAGCUAGUGAGAGCAUGCAGCCUGAUGAGGAAAAUGCAGGUACCUCCAGUCAUACUGUGAAAAGGACUCGUAAUCGUGCAAGUAAGCGGCCUAGAGAGAGUGAGUUGAAUGCUGCUGAUAGUGAAGAACGUUCUGAUGCUGUCAUAGCUGGUGGACAUGAGAAGAGGCUGCAGGGAGUUGCUCUGGUCCGCCAAACCCCUUACAACCUCAGGCGGCAUAAGACUUCAGAAGCAGCCAUGCCUUCACAAGCCUCAUCUGACCAGAAGACGAGGGAGGAGGAAGCUGAUCCAGGUGUCCCUCAGGGCAUAGUGACAGGGAAAAGAAAAGUCACUCUGAAAACUGUGGAGAUUUCACAAGAAAUGGUUGUUGGGUCUAAACCAACUGCAGAUAUUGAUGAUAAUGGUGAUGCAGCAAAGUCAGUUGAGAAUGUGGUGUUGAGCGAAGAGGUAAAUGAUACACCCCCUCAAUAUGAUAACCAAGAUGAGAAUGGAAGCACAAUCCAUGAAGAGGAUGAUGGCUCUGAUGAUGACGUAGAACAUCCUGGUGAAGUCUCAAUAGGGAAGAAGAUCUGGACCUUUUUUACGACAUGAGGACUACCUACUUCCCUUCCUUUUUCUUUUUCUCUUUUUCCCCCUUUUCUUUUAGCCUGGAUGUCUUCAAUUCUUCCCAUUCUAGUUAUGACAAAGAAAGUUUAACUAGAAAACUUUAGGUUCAGCUUCUGAAAUAUUUCAAGGCAUUGUAUCUUCCUCUAUUUUUCUUGUAUUUUCAAGAACAGGGUAGAAAGCUGUACAAUCGAUUUCCCUGACAGGCAUGGUCCCUAAUUCACGUUGCGUUCCAAAGUUCUUCAUC